AGAGAGCGAGCAUCGUGGCGCAGCACCACAUAGCUAGAGAACUGACAAAGAGAGCCUCCACAGCAGCAGUAGCAGCGAUGUCCCUCCCUCUCAAGAUUGGCAUGUUCGGCGGCGGCACGGUGGGUGGAGGCGUUUACGAGAUCAUGGAGCAUACGAAGAAGGAGCUCUUUAAGGCCGGCGGCGUUAACGUCACCAUCGCCAAGGCAAGUUGGAUCUGCGUCCGAGAUGUCAACAAGAAACGGUCCUUCGAGCUCGAGAAACACACGACCAUGGUCACCGAUUACGACGAGAUCCUCGAAGAUGACAGCAUCAACUGCGUCGUGGAGCUCAUGGGCGGGGUGACACACGCGAAGGACGUCGUGUUCAAGGCCCUCAAGAAGGGCAAGCACGUCGUCACCGCGAACAAGGCCCUCCUGGCCCAGCUCUUGCCCGAGGUGAAGUCUCUCGUGGCGGAGAACGCGGGAACCUCGCUCGGCUACGAGGCAGCGGUAUGCGGAGGCAUCCCGAUCAUCCACAACAUGCAGGGCAGCUACGUGGGCGACUCUAUCCAGUCGGUGAUGGGCAUCAUGAACGGCACAACCAACUUCAUGCUCACGAAGAUGGAGACCGAGGGCGCCGACUACGCCGCGGUUCUCAAGGAGGCUCAGGAUCUCGGCUUCGCAGAGGCGGACCCCACAGCAGACGUUGAGGGACACGACGUGCAGGCAAAGAUCGCGCUCCUCGCCAAGCUUGCGUUUGGCCAGGACGUGGCUCUGGACAAGGUCCCCUGCGCAGGCAUCUCAAACCUCAGCAGCACCGACUUCGCCUGUGCCAAGAUGAUGGGGUGUACGAUCAAGCUGGUCGGAACCGCCGCACUGGGCGAGAGCAAGGACAAGCUGGCCGUCUACGUGUCUCCGGUGCUUGUGCCGCUAGGUGGACCGCUUGCCUCUACACGAGGCCCGGGGAAUGUCGUCGUGGUACGCUCCGAGAACCUCACCGAGAGCGUCUACGCCGGGCCAGGGGCUGGACGGUUCCCCACCGCAAACUCGGUGGUGAACGACAUCGUCCGCCUCGCGCGACUAGGGGCGGCGGGCACCCCGCCCCCGUUCCCGCUGGAGCGGCCGUUGGAGUUGGAGCCCGACUUCGAGGCGUGUUUUUACGUGCGGGUGACGGCGGCGGACGGCCUUGGCGUGCUCUCGACCGUCGGCGCGAUCGCCGCCGAGGCUGGGGUUUCUGUGCACUCCGUGCUUCGCGGCGGAGAAGGGGGCGGGGGUGGGGAAGAGAAGGCGGGCGUGGUUAGCUUGGUGGUCAAGACCAAUCCUUGCCUGCGGUCGGAGGUGGGCGCGUUCGUGGACGGGCUCAAGGGGAAGAAGGUGGCGACGGCGGACCCGGUAGUCAUGUCCAUAUUGUGACGACGAUGAUGACAAAGGGUUGUGGUAUGUAGUUCGACGCCGGGGUUUGCGGUUUGCACAUCGUGCGAGGAGAUGACGGGGCGACUGCAACCGCGCAGGCAGCUGGGCGGGGGGUAUGUGUUGGCGGGGGAGGUCACCGCCGCGAUAUCGCGGAUGGAGUUGGCGUGAGGCGCGCCAAUGUUCGCCGGGGUAAUAAAUCAGUCUUUCCGAUACCUUCUAUCGUUUCGUCGUGUUUUUUUGGGUGCAGCAGCAGCUGCUGGAACCAGGGGCUGCAGAACGGCACUGCGAAACGGCAUCUUUUUUGUGGGUAUGCUUUCUUCCGUGUUAAACCACGUCUUUGGUGCCCAUGUCAAAGCCUCCUCCAAACCCGUGAAAGAUCACCAGUUCAGUUAGACACAAGGGGGUACCAGGAGAAGCUGAGCAGAGACCGGAACGGGUUACGGGUUUUGAUGUUAAGACAACAACAGCAACAAGCUAGUCGAACAACUGAUUUUCGUCAUUGAAAGCGAGCAACAAAUGAACGCAGAUCAGGCUAGAGAAACACGACGACAGGACUACACUGGCACCGGCCAACAACACGCACCGGGAGCUUUCGCUGUGAGAGUAACACAAGGCAGACACAAACGGGGGCAACGAAUAUCGAAGCAAAACGUUAAAAACGAGUGACACCAGAAAAA